AUGGAGCUCGCAUGCUCAGACUAUACAGCCAUCAACGUGGGCACGAAUUUCGAACAACCCGAAGAUAUCACCGAAUACUUCUCACUACAAGCUCCCCCGAACACAAACAUAUGGCGCAAACCAUCGGCAUGUGACGACACUACAGCGCCCAUGGUCUUAAAACGCCUCCAUCAAUCAUUCAUCCUCGCCGAAGUCACCGUAUCAGCCGACUUUGCCAUGGAGUACGAUCAAGCCGGACUGGUCAUCUUCGCGGGCUCUUUAUCAGACUCUUCGAUAUCAAGAUCGCCCAUCACACGCCGGAGCCCACGGUACUUGAGGGGCGGAAAUAUCCCCGGCCCAGGUAUUCCCGCACCAGGAAAAUGGGCCAAAGCCGGACUCGAAUUCACCGGGGGAGAUCUACACGCCGCGUCCGUGGUCGCCAUAUCACCUUCAGGUGCUGACUGGUCAUCGUCAGCGCGCAUGCCAUCCCCCUCAACGACAUUCGACCCAUACUCUCUAACAUCGCAAUCCCUCCGCAUCAAAUUCGAGCGCGUGGACGAAUCCCUGUGGAUCUGGUAUCAGAUUCCCAACUUGACUUCAUUCACAUCCUCAGAGCAGUCAGAUCACCACGCCGGCCCGGGCUACGGUCGCGGCCGGAGUCCCGAAGACGUCGGCUCCGGCUGGACCAAGAUGCGCGAGGUCAUGGGCUUCUUCGGCGGCGUCGAGCAGAAGGGCAACGUCUGGGUCGGCUGCUAUGCGUCCCGCCCCAUGAAUUUCGAACCGAGUAAUCGCUGGGAAGAGGUCGACCAGCUCGUGGCCGAGUUUGAGGAUCUCGAUAUCUUAUAA